AUUAUCCACUCUUACCCAAUCUUAUCACUUUUUGUGAUAUUUCAAUUUAGGCCGAAAUCAUGGGCGGAGGGAGAGUAGAUGGAAGGUAUAGGUGUUGUUACGAAAUUAGUGAUUCGACGUGUUUGAUGCAAAGAUCAAAAAUGAAAUGAGUGAAAAAGUAGUACGACAGAUAGUUAAAAAAAAAACAAACCGUUUUGGUAAAACACUGAUUGCAAUCAAGAGGUUAUAAACUAUUUAUAAUGUCUUGCUGUUAUUUUGAUUCAGUCUCGGCAUCUCCAUUCACCAAAUCACAGUAGCACGUUGACUCACUGAUUUCCUCAAGUUUAUAAAACUUUUUGACGUCAAUGCAAGAUAAAAAGUUCGCCAACACGUUUUCAGCGACCAUUCAUAGGGCGCAUAUUAAAUUUUGGAAGUACAAUAAUCCGUUAAUAGAUGACCCAUUCACUUUGAAGUCUAUUUUUUCCAAUGGAAUGUCGUCACGCGAACAAGAAUUAUAGAUAGGUGGCUGGGUCUGUUCUCCACUGAGAAGUUUAUUUUCCUACCAUCAGGGCCUCAAGUUCUCUUUAUUCACGAAAUAAGCUUUGUCAUCCAGCAAAAUGUCGGUUCAUUUCUAAAAAUUUCCGGAAAGGAAACGGAUAAAUUCCCACUUCCUGAAGUAUGCAGGCUUACUUUAAAUGCUCUAAAUUUUCAUAGCAGUAUCCUAUUUCCCUUGAAGAUAUUUGUACCUUUUCCGUCCACCACAAAAAUCUGUUUUUUUAAGGUAUAGACCGACAAAAGGAAACAUGUAGAAAAAUAGGAAUCUGCCCUUUUUGUAUCUGAACAAGAGAGUAAACUGGAUAAGCUAGAACUAAAAGUCGAUUAGGAAAUACUUAGCCGGUUUUACGGAAAUGAGGUAUUUAUAGAGAGUAAAAAUAACAUGUUUGGAAUAGCCAUUUCAUUCACCUGUGUGAAGAUUGAAAACAUUAAGGAACUGUAGUAGAGGUUAGUUGGUCAAAUAACUUUUGAUUUGUUGGCACAUGAAAUCUUUUAUGCUUAAAAUUGUCGUACAUUUUUUUAAGUUUAAAAGUUUCACAUUAGAGUGCGUUCUACCUAGGACUAUAUUUAACACUUCAAAGGCAUUGGUUAAUUUAUAAAUGCCAUAGAGACAAUGAUUGAAUGAUUUCAAUAAGAACUCUUAGACUUUGUGCGCAUCUCCUCACCAGUUUGAAACUUGUCGAGGUUGGAAACUAGUGUAAAGCACCUGCGUGGCACAGCUGACGAUCUGACCGUGGUUUUUUGUUCAAGAAUUCAUUUGUUGUUCAGGAUCAUCGAAGCUUAGGUUAAUUUCAUUUGUGACACUAUCUAAAUUAUGUUGAAUAAAUGCCUCUUUUAGUUUUCCCUAAGUCACUGAACUGUGCCUGGCCGCUGUUGUGUUUUUAUUCAUUAAUUAAGCGACUCUUUACAUGAAUAAAACAAUAAAUGACUUCAAAACACUUCGAAAACAAGAGUAACACUUUAUAUUAACGUAUGGAUGAAACUUCAAAGGAAUUAUGAACACAAUUCGCAGCACAUUUGAUUUAAGGGGUCAGUAUACCAUUUGACAGGCGCACGCUGAGCGGGACAUGGAUCGAUUAACAACAUGUCCUAUGUGAUGGAGUGAUACGUAAUUUAUUAAGCUCUAAUGAGACGAAAUCAUAGAGCGAUUAAAGCGAUGGCGACCGUUUAGUGCAUUUCCGGUGGGACUAAAUCUCUGCGUUUUCCAAGCUUGGUUGACUUCGCACAAUGCGAAUGUUUCCAAAGUUUUCUUGUGGUGAAGACUCACGCGAUAAGUAAAUAGCCAACCCAUUCCAUGAUCUCAACAAAGUUGUUUUUAAUAAACGAGCUCCGUGUUUCAGUCAGGUUUGAUGAAUGGCUGCGUGGCCAAAACAAAAGACCGACGGGAAUUGUUCCCGCUGCGGCCCGUAUGAAGUUCUUCCCACCCCCGGCGCCGCAGUGUCCGUGCCUUGAAUGCACCCAGGGUACUGUUUGAAAACAGAGAAAACCAUAACAGAUUACAAAAGAGUCCAGUUGCCUUUGUCGAGCUCUGGGUAUCGACUCACGGAUUGGAAUUGCCAGUAUUAUCUAACCGAAAAAAACUAAAAGAAAGUGAUCGCAAAAACAGCUUCGGUACAUCCUUUGUUGUCAUUUUUUAUCUGUAUUACGCGAAAUAAAAAACAGGUUUUUUUUUCUUCAUCGAUGUUAAGCUUUUCCCUAUCCAGGGUUGUUUUGAAGCUUAGACUUACUAUGACUUUCACCUGCAAAGCAGAAUUAUUAUCACUAACACAUCCUUUUAUUUUUAAUCGAAAACCUUCAGUAAUUCUCUCAAAGUAGUUCAUUUCGAUGGAUGAUGCUCAUUGGCUAUUUUUCAAAUUUUUUUCUACCGCAAGACCAUGUCAGUUUGUCGGCGCUACACGCGCUCGACUUUAGUCUCCUUUCUCAUUAGUUUUCACACAUGAUUAACGGCUAUUCGCACUAUUUCCAGGACAUCUAGUCUCCUUAGACGACUAAAAUUACCGUCACACUUCUAUGGAGUCUCAGAGGAAACGCUCCGUCUUCCCUAAAGCGUUCUUGCUCCUGUCAAAAACUGGAAAUUGUUCUGACAUCUUACAAGUUUCCAAGCGUCUUUUUUUUGCUUAUCAUGCAGCCUUUCAUGACAGUCACCCGUGAAAAAAAGUGAAUACGUAAAUAAAUUUGGCUCUCGUUGUCCAAAUUAGCACUGAAUUUGUUCAGGAGUUCGAUUAAUUUAUAUUACAAACAAGUUGGAUUGAGCGCUCAUUGAAUUAAGGUGUCACUUGAAAAUGAACAUGCAAGCAAGUUUAUUGAUUUAUGAAUUACGCGCCAGGUUCGGAGUAAAUGUCGCGGUCUUCUUUCUUCGAUCGCAAGUUAAUAAAGGUGCUGUUUGAAUAGCUGAACUGAGUUUAGAUCCAUAUCUCCUUUUAAUAACACUCAUUAAUUAUAACUUUGGACCAAAAGAAAACUUUUUUUGUUGUGUUUUGCAGCUUUCAUUCGCACGCGUCAUUUCAGAGCAUGCAUUUUUUGGUUUCCGAUUGUGGGUUAGUGGGGAUCUUUUAUCAUCCAUACACACGACUCUUGUUAACAACCAGCUAUGACAACUGGAACCUCUCUAAGAAACACAACGAUUAGUAACAGAUAUUUUAAGCCUUUCUGUCCUGUACAAAAAUAUGUUUAUUUCCAUAUAACUGUCUUUUUUAGGGGGGUUGUAAGAUUGGGAAGCUGCAUAAAUAAUGCAUUGAAGAUGUUCCUCUCUCUCAUUGAGUAGCACCAUGAAUUGCUAAAAAUGCAGAUGAUAUGCCAUGUUUUUUGAAAUUAUGAUGUGCUAAAAAUUUACCUUUCUUGUCAGACCUUGUGUGCUCAGCGAGGCCACCCGUCCGAAAUUUUUGCGAAACGAGAAUCAACAUUUGUUGCGAUAUGAAUGAGAUAAGAAAUUUGUUAUAAUAAAUUUCAUUAAACUCGAAUAUUCCGUUUUUGUUUUCCACGCCUUUAUAAUUUAUCUACGAAGAGAUUAUAUGAAGGCUUUUAAUUAAAUUUAUCACCCAUUUGUGUCAACUCUUUCGGUCUGUUGCACGCGCAGCAUCGACGGCGCCAGCAGUUUACCAAGUCAGCAUAGCGAUGACGUCACAUAUUUGUUAAGGAGCCAAUCAUGUAAUUAAUCUGGCUAUCUAAUUACAGCACUAAAUUAUGACCACAGCGAGAGCGAAUAUUGCUCUCGCCAGACUGGUGCCUUAGUCAUUCCUAUCUUGAGUUACUCGUUUGAGCACAACGGCGCGAGCGUACUAUGGACUGCUUUUACCAAGCAAAUCAGAGAGUUCGACCACCUCCUUACUUCAACACUUCACCGGUUAUGUAUGGAUAUGGUGUUCCUUCUUACUAUUCCCCGCCGUUUUUCCCGCUAAAUCGUAACUCUCAGGUCCACAGGCCGCCGGUAAUAUCUGCAAGCCCUCCUCUAAGCAUUCCAAACCCAAUGACAAACUCAGAAAGCAGUACCAGUCCUGUUUCGGUCGGCUCUCAAACUCCUCCAGAAUCACCCAGCGAAACUUCUACAGACACGCACGAAUCCACUGAACAUAACGAUGAUGUUUGCCAAUCAGCCAAAGAUGCCAGCGAAUCAGAAGACAAAACAGACGGUGAAGACGAGAGAGAUGUACCAUGGCAUUAUAAACAACCUUUCAAGCAUCGCCGACGAGUGGCCUACAAGAGAAACCAAAUUCUGGAAUUAGAAAAAGAAUUUCACUUCACGAGGUAUCUUACGAAAGAGAGACGUUCAGAAAUGGCCACGAUGUUGCAGCUCUCUGAACGACAAAUCAAAAUUUGGUUCCAAAAUCGGCGUAUGAAAUGGAAAAAGGACAACAAACCCGUGAUUCCUACAAGUAGAGGAAUGCGGCGAGGAUGUACAAGAUAGGCGAGAUACACCCGUUCAGAGAUAAUCAAUUAUAAUUUGUUGUAAUCCUCUUUUUAGCAGACUUGAAGGUGUAUAAAAAUUUUCUCUUCCUUUGCGUCGGACGAAUGGAGCGUUAGACAGCCAUCGAAGUGUUACAAAUUACGGCGAAAGGUUUAUUCCGCUACAUUUGCAAUUUUAACUCUUUCUUUGCCUGCGCAUAACAUAACCUCGACUUUCGUCACAAGUUCUUUACGAUCAAACAAGCACUGAAAGAUUGUGAAGUUGUAAAUAAUUGUAAAACAUGAAAACUCGUUCAGGAAUUGAGUCAGACAGCAACGGGUUACAAAUGAGGUGUUAAGCCGAUUCGUCUAAACAGAGACACGAAGGCACUUCCACUGCGUCACUUUGAACGUUUUGUUUCUCGCCAACGAACUUCUCCACUUUACGAAUCUUCAAAGAAUAUUCAGCCAAGUUUACGCUUCUUACUUACUUGUUUUUAUCUUUACUCAAUAUCAAUCUCGUUCGUCGUUUUAUCGAAUGCCGCUGUACGAGGCGGCAUUUUAGUCAAAGAAAUUUGUGUUAAAUUUCUUAUGCACUUCUCUUUAGUGGGAUUAAAAUCUCCGGUGGUUAAAAACGCUGUUCAAACGCAAAACUCCAUUUAUCGAGAUUUCUUUCACUUGUAAGUAUAUAUUUAAAAGGUUUUGUGAAAAAGCGUUUUCAUUGUCACAAUAAAUUUAUAGUUACCAAA